GUGACCUCACAAUCACUGUCCAGGCCUUCUAUCCCCCAGGCCAACAUCCAUCUUCUUCCAACUCUGCCCUUUAUCGUUACAUCCAGAGGACACAUCCUACCUCUGAGUCACCACACUAGCAGACCCAGGGAUCACGACAAAAAGAGUGUCAGUCUCUCCUGUGGGCACAGCUAAGACAUCAGCAUGUCACAAGACUUAGGAGACCUCAAGGAUCUGAUGCCCACUGAAAGGAAGUCUGUCUGGAGGACAGCUGAGGAGAGGCGGAUGUCUGACCUCACCCGUGUGCUGGAGUGGCUGGAAAGGAGGCAGGGCAAGAAGAAGCGUGCCCUCCAGGUGUGUACGUUGGAAGAAAUUGCUGGAAGACUUUAUGCAAGAUUAUUAACAGGAGAGAGAAUUGAAAUUCAACACCCCCUAGCAAAGGGGGAUCAUUUUUUAAACACUGGGAAAAAGAUCGAAGAGGUGGGCCAUGCAGAAGAGAAGGCAGGGAAGAAAGGCCCAGGGGCUAAAAAGAAGGACAAAGAGGGCCGCAAGGUGACCUUCAACAAGGAUGCUCAGCAUAAUUUCUCUCCUGGCUCCAAGAAUCAAGAUCCAAAUGCCAUCAAGAAGUUCCCUGCCGGUUACCAGAAGGGGUACAUAACAGAUGUAAAGGGCAAGCGUCUGAACAUGAUGUCCACCGCCUUCAGCAGGGAUGGCCUUAAGAAGUCUGGCCUACCUGGAUCCAGAAGAGGAUCAGAGAACAGAGGAUCAGACUUAGACAUCAAGGAUGUCAUAGCCCUAGAAAACAACACUCGGGUAAGCCCAUACCGCAGACAAAGCUCUGUUGAUCCUGUACUUCAGGACGCUAUGUUUGGCACACGGAGGGUAGGUCUGCUGAGAGAUUGGUCAAGCAAGGCUCCUGACGAUCGCAAGCUGAAGAGCCUCAUGGAGAAGGGCACAGAGCCCAAGAUAGAGUCAGCCAAGAUGCUGAAGCCGGAGGAGGUGCUGAGCUGCCGGUACCUGCGUUUGUCCAAGAACAACGUCAAGACCUUGAUCAAGCUGUGCAAGGAUGCAGGGAUGGAUGUGGAAAUCCACCCACACAUGAUAGAGGGCGAGAUAGACGCCAAGAAGAUAUUCGAACAUCGUAACAGCACAGCACUGUAGUAGUGCUGCCCCUUGGAGGCUCCUCCCAUGUGGCCUGAGCACCCUGGGGAUUGGCUUCCCUAAACUGCUCCGGUCGGCACCGCCCACUGGAGGCUCCUCCCAUGUGGCCUGAGCACCCACCCUGAGGAUUGGCUUCCCUAAACUGCACGGGUUGAACAAGUCAAACGCAUCACCACGA